UCUCAGAGAAUCGAAAUAGAGCUCGUGUGUUUCUAACGUUUAUAAAACCGGCAUUGCCGAUGACAACAUGAUCGAAUGCAGGCAAGAAAAUCAAAGAUGAGUAUGCUAGUGCGUGCGGAUGAAAAUAGUGUUCGCCAGCGUAGCGAUGCAGAACGUGUUUAAGUGCUCCGCGUUCAAGAACAAAUGUAAAGCAGUGGUGGUGUGCGGCUUGUAGUUUUUGGAAAGCAUUCCAUAGUGUCCAGUUUGUUUGUCGAAACGAUCGCCAGUUGUAGCUCACAUAGCUGGUAAAGAAACUAGAAAAUUCAUACACGAACAAAGAUAAAAAGCAGCAAAAAAGGAUCGCCAAAAAUCAAUAUUUUGAUUCGUGGAAAAAUACUGGAAAGAUGCGUUGGACAAAAUAUAUUGAAAUCUAUCAAUAACAUCGAGAUCACAAGUUGGAAUUCAACGACAAACAUGUGAGGAUGUCAGAAUUAACAGGAGGACAUUUCAUUUUACGAAAUAAAUCAGCAAUCGUGCGACAAUGUCAAUGACGAUGACUUGAUAUGCUAAUAAGAUUUCAACAGCGAAAAUAUAAACGGAGAUUUAGCAGCGUAAAAAUAUUCAAGCUUAAUAGCCUCUUUAUCAUGAGAUCUGAAUCGUCGACAAGGCAAAGUCGGCGUGUAUUUUCGCCAAUUGUCUUAUUAUCUGGUCGCUCGUCAAAAGAACGAUAAAAAUAAAGAAAAACAGAAUGAUUUCGGCGAUCGGAGAAAAUAUCACGAGAAUCCUUAAAGAGGCUGUAGAAGACACCUGGGAACUCGUGAAGAGCAAUGAUUCGCAUUUAAGACUACGUUCCACGAUCGAUGACGCCGCAGUUGGCGCGAACUCACGAAACGAAAAUUACUCGAGCGUGAUCGCCGCCUUCCUGAGGGAAGAAAACGCUUCCCUCGCUUCCGAUCGCCGGGACUCCCUAUAUAUCAUACUACCGAUUACAGUGAUCUACGUUGUAAUCUUCUUCACCGGCGUGAUCGGAAACAUCUUCACGUGCGUGGUAAUCGCGCGCAACAAGUCCAUGCAUACCGCUACCAAUUAUUAUCUCUUCAGCCUGGCUGUGUCCGACCUCUUAUUGCUUGUUUCCGGUCUGCCGCAGGAAAUGUACUAUAUAUGGUCGCCUUUUCCCUACGUCUUUGGCGAAGCAUUUUGCAUUAUCCAGAGCUUCGCUGCGGAGACCUCGGCCAACGCCACCGUCCUCACUAUCACAGCUUUCACCGUUGAAAGAUAUGUGGCAAUCUGUCAUCCCUUCAUCUCGCAUACCAUGUCAAAGCUGUCUCGAGCAAUCAAAUUUGUAGUGGUAAUCUGGCUAUUGGCCCUUUGUCUCGCCGUGCCGCAGGCCAUUCAAUUUGGCAUCAUCUACGAGUACAACAACGACAGCGCUAUCCUGGACAGCGCCAUUUGCUCGACGCGCUGGACGCUGAUCGAGCACGCAUUCGAAAUCUCGACCAUUCUGUUUUUCGUAUUACCGAUGACGAUCAUCAUCGUGCUGUACAUACUGAUCGCUAUCAAGCUACGACGCUCGAAUCUGCUAACCGCCACUGACAGCAAGAGGCAUCACAUACCUGGUGGAUUAAAUCAGGAUAAUGGCAGAGGGAAGACGAACGCCCAGAGAAAUGUCAUUCGCAUGCUCAUCGCAGUAGUAGUAGCCUUUUUCAUCUGCUGGGCGCCAUUUCACGCACAAAGAUUACUGGCCGUAUAUGCGGCACAAAAUACCGCAUCUGAAUCUGAAGAUGCCCUGAUUAUAGUAUAUACCACGCUCACGUAUGUGUCCGGAAUAUUUUAUUAUUUAUCCACCACAGUGAACCCGCUCCUCUACAAUAUUAUGUCUAACAAGUUCAGGGAAGCCUUCAAGUCGAUGCUAUCCAAGAAUUGUGUCAGGAAGUCUCACAGAAGUAGCCUUCGACAGCCGACUUAUAGCAGUCUGUCGCGGUAUCAGAGGUCUAUGAAGCGAUUCAAUGACGCCCAGCAUUCGCCUUCGAUAUCCCUCAGUGAUGAGCAGCAGCGAAUGAUGCAUAUCGCUUUGACGAAUAACGUAAAUUCCUGCGAGGUGAACGGAUUCGCGAAAUCACAGAGUGAACAACAAGUGCGUACUGUUGUCGCGAUUAGAGAGACUACGAGCUGCCGGGAAUACGCCAGAAGUAUGUCAAGAGGCUCCGAUUCCAGUCAACUCACCAUGACCACGUCGUUGAGUAAGCAAGCUCUCAACAACGAGGGCAACAAUAAUGUAGCCACAAACGAGUGUCUGCCGAGGAUACAUAGGUCACCGAAAGCUGUCACUUUAGCAGGGAUCCUUACGGAGAGACUGGGUCUCAGUACGAAAGGAUUCUUCGCACAGCAUCGAAAAACUUCUCCGACCAGCCCGACGAAGCCGAAACCAGAGAAAACGCCGAUCGCAGUGAUGCCGCCGCGAUUCCAGAGUCAUCCAAGCAUCGAGAGCGCCAAUACGAUCAGCAAUUCCAGUCUUCAAGAUCUCGAUGAGACCGAAUUUACCGGAACUGAACUGGCGCGAUACAUGGGCGAGUUGAACUUCGACCUUGUUACCUGACAUUCGUUCCAGAAACGUCGCCUCUCGAAGUAGACGUUUCUCGAAAUCAACACGAUCUUCAUAUGCAAUACCGCAGGCUUAUAAAGUCUGGGUAAUAUAAAGAUCUUGAUAGUGUGCAUUAUAGCAUCUAUAUAAUUCUAUAUAAUUCUACAGAACAUAUACUAUCACUUGCAAUUAAAAGAGUUUGUCAAUUUGCAAAUCUUAAUACAAUUGGAUCAAAGUGGUGGAUAAUGCGCGAGACAUAUUGCAUCAUCAGAAUGAAUUGAUGCGGAAUAUGUCACAAACUUGAUAGAGUCAAUUUUCGUAAAGUUAUUAUUGUAAGAAGAGAAAAGGAUAUUGAUUAUGUGAAAAAAUGAAAACAUAAUAUGAUAAAAACUAAUCUUCCCCUAACAGGGGAAAAAUUGGGGAUAAUAUAUUAAAAUCAUUGUCCGUGAUUGAAAGAAAUAAAUAUUGACAGUGAUUUUAGUAAACAAAUAGCCGAAAAUUGUGGCGUAAACAAGAUCGUUAUUGCUUAAUAUUUAAAUUACAUACAUUUGCAAACAUUAUAUUUCUCUGUGUAGUAUAACUGUUAAUAUAAUGCUAGUCUCAUACGGAUAUAAUUUACAGAUAUUUAUCGACGUUCUUAAGAAUGUAAACAUGUAUAAUGAUGAUAAAGAUGUUUUUGCUGAUAAUAUGUAAAGUUCUAAUGUAAUCAUGUGAAAUGACUUGCCAUACAGUAGAUAGCUUCUUUGUG